ACGUCACACGCAACACGCGCGCGCAACGCGGACAGAGAGAAUACGAGAGAGAGUCGUGUUGUCGUCGUGCGCGGUUCGAAAUAUUCGCGUCUGCUUUUGCCAUUCGCUGCUCGUUGUUAUUAUAUAUUUACGUGUAAAACUGACGGGCGACCUUUCCAAGUCGUUCGCGUUUCUUUUACAGCAGAAAAAAAUAAAGUAUCAGUGAGUGUGUCGAUGGUGGUGUGGUGGUGAUUGCGCAAUCGACUCGAAAAGUGUUUGUACGAAAAAAAAAGUUCACAGUGGGUCGGAAUCAGACAGAGAACGGAGCAACCACCAAGGACAUGAUCCUGCGAAGUAACGAUUUUACCUCGAUCCUCGUUAGUGCCACCGAUCACUCGACUCAUUGGUAUUCGUAAAAAAACAAAGAGUAAAAAAUCGGUAUAACAACGAAAGCAGAAAAAAAAAGUUGGAAAAAGUGUUGCGAAAAAAGUUGUGCUAAAAUAGAGAGAGAGAGAUAGUCGUCGAAGUUUUUGCGAUCAAACUAUCCGUGUGUCACGAAACGUGUACGAAAAAGUUGGUGCGAAUUUGUUGCGCGGUGGUGCGAGAGAGAGAGAGAAGAAUAGUAUUUUCUCCCCGCGAAAGUCUCGGGAAAAGCCGUCAAAGUGACGCUGAAAAUUCCCAUCGCGUCGCCGGGCGUAGUGUCGCCGCGUACAAUGAUGCCGCUCGCACCGACGCCCAUCGUCCAGGUACCCUCGAAGCCCAAGAUCGGCUUCAGCAUCGACUCGAUCGUCGGCGGUGGACAGCAGCGCGAAUCGGCGGCGGCUCGCUCCACCAGCAGCGACGACGAGCAAUCGUCCCAGCUUCAACAGCAAUCCCAGCUGCAGCAUCAACGCGAUCUGCUGCAUCGUCACUCGUCCUUCCACGAGCAGCAGCAGCAGCUGAGUCCAGGUAGUCAUCAUCUUCCUCAUCAUCAUGGUCAUCAUAAUGUGUCGGGCGCGACGAGACUGUCGCUGGAUCGCGACUCGCCGACGGCCGGCCACAACAACAAUCAGUCGUCGCGCUCGCGCUCGCCCGGGGCCCACUCGGACGGCAGCGACGGCCGACCCCUGUCCAGGGGCUCCAGCGUCGAGUCGUACUCGGCGCAGAGUCGGCGCAGCGGCUCGCAGCAGCAGAUGCUCGCCGUAACGCCGAUGCACAAUCAUCAUCAGCAGCAGCGGCAUCACAAUCGCCAGCAGCAGCAACAUCGUCUCGACUACAGUGCCAAAUCGCUGCUGCUGAGCGACCGACGAACGACGACCAACAGCCACAGCGGCGGCUCGACGCCCAACGGCUCGCCGAGUCCUCCGCCGCCGCCGACACAGACGACGACGAGCAGCUCGCCGCAGUCGCGAACGACGCCCCAAUCUCAGCAGCCCCAGCCACCACCGGGUGUGGUGAGGCCGAGCCCCAACUAUCUGGGCGCACCGCCGGGCUCGUCGCCGGCCGCCACCGUAGCGGCCGUCGAGCAGCUCAAGAGCCUGUACGGCCUGCCCGGGGCAGUGCACGGGGGCGCGGCCGCGGGCGGCCCGGGCAGCGCCGGCGAGUACCACCACUCGCAGCACCUGGCCCAGCAGCUGGCGGCGAAUCUCGCCGCUGCCCAGCACUUCCAGGCGGCCAACAUCGCCGCGGCGCUGCAGGCGCAUCACGCUGCGGCGGCACCCCCGCACGGCGCCUUCCCGCCGACGCCCGGGGCCCCGCACCACCCCGCGGCGCCCCAUCCGCACCAGCAGCCGCUCUACCCGUGGCUGCUGUCCAGGCACGGGCGCAUCUUUCACCAGAGAUAUCCAGGAGGUCCAGAGAUUCCGGGCUACCUGCUGCAGCCAUUCCGCAAACCAAAGAGAAUAAGGACGGCCUUCAGUCCGUCGCAACUGCUGAAGCUCGAGCACGCCUUCGAGAAGAACCACUACGUAAUUGGGGCCGAGAGGAAACAGUUGGCGCAGGCGUUGACGCUGUCGGAAACACAGGUCAAAGUAUGGUUCCAAAAUCGGCGCACGAAGCACAAGCGACUGCAGCAGGAGGAGGAGGCCAAGACCCAGUCGAGCGGCGGCGGUGGCAACGGUAGCGGUGGCAGCGGCGGCGGUCCCGGCGGCAACAACAACGCCACCAAGAACACGCAUCACGUGAGCAAGUGGCAAAAGGAGACGAGCGAUUAUCACGAGGACGACGACGACGACGACAUGCCCAUCGACCCGGAGGCCGACGACUGCACCAGCGACGAGGAAGCGUAACUGGACGUUCUCGGCCUCGAUUAAAAGGGCCUACCUACACGUUAAAAAACAAAAAAGAAAACUACGACGUUCUCGUCUCGGAGAGCGUGCAGCAGAGCGGCGGCGGAGUGUCUGGAAAACACUGACGCCGAUUAAAUGCAGUGUCUCGUCCUCGAAAGGAAAAAAAAAAAGAAAGGACAGCAGGACACGACGACGAUUGUACUUAUCGCGAGUUGCGCCCCGAAUUCACGCACGCGCGUAAUAAUAAACAAACGACGACGACGAUGAUUUUUUUUUCUCGUCUCGUAGUUGUCAAUCGAUUGUAAAUAUAUAGAGUCGCGAAUGCGAAUUACGCGUCGUGGUACAUACGUAGCGCGCAGUGUGCGUAGUCCUAUAUAUAGCGAAGAGUAUACGUAUAGCUAUUACGUAUACCGGAGCGAGUGCCAAACUUCAAACCCCCUUCUCAUCCCCCUAUACGAUACAUAUAGCGGGGAACGAGUUUUUUCCGUCGUUGGAUUUAUGAAUCUUCGGCGGGAAUCGGUCUCUCCCCCCUACCCUUCUUCCCGCAUCUCUUUCACCUCCCAGUUUCCCCACCCCACCACCCCCUUUCUCAAGCUAAUCGUUAUACGCGUACAGCAUUAAGCAUUAUUCUCAUAUGUAAUAUGAUACAAAUACGAUAAUAAAAUUGUAUGUAUAAACGUAUACAGGAAGAAACGAAACUUACUUUUUUCGAAUGGAGAAAAAAGGACAAAGUUAAGGCAACAGUAUUUUUACUUUUAAAGCGAAAAAUCGAACGCGCGCACACACACGUUCGACGCGAUGGCGGAGCGAGAGAGAGAGAGAGAAAAAUGUUACUUAAGUGUGUAAUGUAUAUCUUUGUAUAGUAUGCUUAUUAUUAUAUUGAUUACAAAAUCGACGUGUAUUUUGCCUCCGACUGAUUAACGAUGUAUAUGUUCCGAUACAUUAAUUUAGAAAUAUCCGAGUGGACGACCGUGCGAGCCUCCGCGAGUGUAUUACGCGAGUGAAUGUGUCGAGUGAAGUGAGUUUGUUUGUUUGUUUGUCUGUGCGUGAACUCGGUAACUACUAUAUACGUAAUUCCCGACGACGAGUGACUCCAAAAACGUCUGUCCUGAUAUUCGCUCGAUCAUGCCCUACUUUCAUUCAUCUUUGCAUUCAUUUUUAUAGAGGAUCAAAGCUCAAUAUCAGUAUUUAAAUGAUAGAAUGAUAAUUUUCAAUCGAACCAUUUUUUCUAUCAACAAUUAAACUGUCGAUAUUAAUUAUCGAGCGAAAAUCAGGUCGGACCCCUUUAAAUCACUUGGUACGUUAUUUAUUAUUCGUUAGCCGCGACGAUGAUAGAAAACAUUGCUCGCGAGCGCGAUCGGAUCGCCGCGUGUGUAUACGUACGUUCAACUUAUAAUGUAUUUUUGUUCCUCGUCGUCGAGAACGAAAGAGUCGAAAUAAGUCACCUAGACGCAUAAUACGUGCAUAAUCGUAAACGCGCGAUGUAUGCCCGUGGCGAGUGUGUUGUGUGUAUCAAAGUAUGUGUUUGCGCGUGUAUGUGUGUGACACGCCGACGGCGGCGAGACUGCGCCGCUCGCGACGCUGUCAAAGGAGCCCACGAUCUUGUGUAUAAAAAGAAAAAAGGAAAAAAUUUUUAGACGUUUCAAGACCGUAGAUACUACUAAAAUUAUCGAUGUAAAUAAUUUUUAUUAUUAUUAUUAUUACGAAAAAAUGUGAUUUCACUCGAAGUUAUUCGACAUAAAAUAUACUAUCGAGGCUUAGUCGUUUAAGGCCCGGUCGACGACGAAAAAAAAAAAACGUUUUAGCGACAAUUAUAAUUCUAGUAAAAAUAAAAUAUCUUAUCUCAAA